AUGUUUCCGGGUGGCCCUAACCCGACGCAAGUGCAGUUCGUACCCCCUGGCAAGGCUCACAACCCCCCUCUCCCGCUGGUCUUGAUUCACGAUGGCGGCGGGACGACCUUUAGUUACUUCGUCCUGGGGAGUUUAGGUCGCGAUGUAUGGGCCGUCCACAAUCCCAACUACUUUGAAGGAUUGCCGUGGGAAGGAGGUAUGGACGAAAUGGCAGAGAAGUAUGCCCAUCUCAUUGCGGGGGAGUUGAGUGGCCCGGUAAUGUUGGGUGGAUGGUCCCUCGGAGGUUAUCUUUCGCUGGCUGUGGCACGAGUGAUUGCCACCAGCCCAGGGACGUAUCCUUUUUCCGUGGCUGGCCUUCUCAUCAUCGACUCACCGUAUCAUGUUGCGAGGAGCAAGAUCACUGUGCCGACGUCCAAGCCCGAGUUGGCCGGCUUGCCGCCAAGGGUGCAGAAGUCGUUCAGUAACUGCGAUGACAUGCUUCAACACUGGGACCUGCCGCCGUGGGAAGCGUCACCCAGUGACGCCGGCGCAGAAGCCAAGUUCACCGUGGCGGGUGAGGCAUUCGCCGUCCGAAAAGGGGAGGUUUUGCACAAGCCCGUCGGCUCCGAUGUCCACGAUGACAAGUGGCAAACGAUUUCUGUGCAAACCUAUGUCGGGGACGCGCAACUUGACACAUGGCGUACCGGUGCGGGAGGUAGCCCACCGCCAGCCGUGCUGAUGCGCUGCAUCAAACGUGCCAAACCGAAACAGAGCAAUGGAAGCAAUGGCCGCAGUGAAGUUGCCGCCGCGCCGCCGUGUCUGGUCGAUCUCUUCCGGGAUGAGAAGCUGCUUGGAUGGGAAGCGCGGCAUCCCGACUUUAUCAAGGCGGUCAUUGAUGUCGACGCGGACCAUUACAACCUCUUUGAUCGGACGAACACUACGGGGUUGGAAACUGUGACGGCACAGCUGGUGACGGCGCUCGAUGUUUUGGAUGCCUUGAAUGAGGCGGCAACGAAGCGCGCCCAAGGGGCCUAG